UCUUCUUCUUCUUCUAGUUCAAAUGUCGCAGAGAUGGAGCACAAAGCAGAAUCGGCUUCCAGUGGCGGGUCUACUUUUCAUGCUAGCACUCGCCGUCACCAUUAUGGUUCUCUACAACCAGCGUAGCAUCCACCACACUAAUCGAGAGCAAGAUCUCCGAGAAACUUCCUUCUUCACUUCUUUCGUCCAUCCCAAUCUUCCUCCUCGGAGUAAUCUUGAGGUUUUGGAUAGAUUCAGCCGGUGCAACUCGACGAGUGAGUACAGUGGCAAGAAAAUCGGAUGGGUUGACCACCACGCGAGUGGUGGAGGAUCUGACUUUGUUGGCACUGCUGCUGCAAAGGAGGAGGAGAACAUUUGUGAUGUUUUCUCUGGGAAAUGGGUCUUUGAUAAUUCUUCUUCAUACCACUACAAGAAAACGCAUGCCUAA